UGCGAGUGUGACAGCGGCUGUGGCUGUGGCCGUGGCCGUGGGAGGCGGGCCCGGCGGAGCCCAGCCGCGGGGGGACCGGCCCGGGCUCCCGCUCCCCGAGCACGUCGCGGCCGCGUGGCCCGGCCGAGCCUUGAGACCACCCCGCCCCUGCCGGUCGCAGUCGCGAUGUCGGUGGCCGGGCUGAAGAAGCAGUUCCACAAAGCCAGCCAGGAGAUUUUAAGUGAAUAAGACCAUUUUCCCAAGAGCAGUGUCAUAAACAUUGAGGACCCUCUUAAAUCAGAAGAUGAAUUAAUGGAUGGAAUCUUUGCUGGGAUAAUAUGCAAACAAGCUAAUGUGUGCCUUACCUGGACCUCCCAACAGCUAUUUAGUGAAAAAAUAAGUGGUGCUGAAGGAACUAAACUAGACGAUGAAUUUCUUGACAUGGAAAGGAAAAUAGAUGUUACCAAUAAAGUUGUUGCAGAAAUUCUUUCAAAAACCACUGAAUAUCUUCAGCCAAAUCCAGCAUACAGAGCUAAGCUAGGAAUGCUGAACACUGUGUCGAAGAUCCGAGGGCAGGUGAAGACCACAGGAUACCCGCAGACGGAAGGCUUGCUGGGGGACUGUAUGCUGAAAUACGGGAAGGAGCUCGGGGAAGACUCCACCUUUGGCAAUGCGUUGGUAGAAGUUGGUGAAUCCAUGAAGCUAAUGGCUGAGGUGAAAGACUCUCUUGAUAUUAAUGUAAAGCAAACUUUUAUUGAUCCACUUCAGUUACUACAAGAUAAAGAUUUAAAAGAGAUUGGGCAUCACCUGAAAAAGCUGGAAGGCCGCCGCCUGGAUUACGAUUAUAAAAAGAAGCGAGUAGGUAAGAUACCAGACGAAGAAGUCAGACAAGCGGUAGAAAAAUUUGAAGAGUCAAAGGAGUUGGCUGAAAGAAGCAUGUUUAACUUUUUAGAAAAUGAUGUAGAACAAGUCAGCCAGUUGGCUGUGUUCAUAGAGGCAGCAUUAGACUAUCACAAACAGUCCACAGAGAUUCUGCAGGAGCUGCAGAGCAAGCUACACAUGCGAAUAUCAGCUGCAUCCAGUGUCCCCAGACGAGAAUACAAGCCAAGGCCUGUGAAAAGGAGUUCUAGUGAGCUCAAUGGAGUGUCCACCACCUCUGUAGCGAAGACGACAGGUUCUAACAUUCCCAUGGACCAGCCCUGCUGUCGUGGUCUCUAUGACUUUGAGCCAGAAAACCAAGGAGAAUUAGGAUUUAAAGAAGGGGACAUCAUUACAUUAACCAAUCAAAUAGAUGAAAACUGGUAUGAAGGAAUGAUACACGGGGAAUCCGGAUUCUUCCCCAUUAAUUAUGUUGAAGUGAUCGUGCCUUUACCUCAGUAAAUGUGUAACACAAACCCUGGACAUACUUUCAUAACUGAAAUGAAUUCACACCAGUGUGCUCUCAGUGUGGUGUUCUGUGACAUCCUUUGCUCUCUGACCAACUUAAUGACUUUUGUAUGUGUGUUCUCUUUAUAAUGUAUUUUAUAUCACUUUAAUUUGUAUAAAUGAUUUUCUUGUCCUUGCUACAUGAAAAUAUUGUUUUCUUUUUUGCUUCUUGUCCUAAAAAUCAUUGGUUAAAUGUAUUUGCUUCCUGUUGUUAAAAAUAAGUCUCACCCAUUGCAGUUAUGUCAAUGAAUGGCCUAUAUUCCUCAGCUGCAAUGAAAUGGUAACAUUUGAAACUAAGAAAUGCUAAAUAUUUUGUUUCUCAACAUUCCUGAUGACGUCUGGUCUUUUCUCUUCAUUGUAUUUUAAGCUUACCUGUGAAUAGCCCAAUAAACAUGACACGCUGUGUUGGCAAAA